UGCUAUUAAAAUAUGUUAUCCAUUUGAAAAAAAUCUGAAACAAAUAUGCAUACCUAGAAAAGUUUUACAUUACAAUAUUUCGCGCUGUCACACUUGUAUUUAUACAACCAGUCUUUCUUUUGUUUGCUAUUUCUUGUCCAUAUGUUGGCUACACUGCAUAAGUAAUGUGUCUGAACUGACUCACAGCUGUCAAAUUGAAUUGAAUUGAAUCAAACAUAUCAUAACCUUUUGUCAAGAUUAUUGGUGUGAGUGUGUGUUAUUGUUUACUUUUGAUAAUUCAGGUUGGAAUUAGAUAUAUUUUAUAAGUAUAAUGCCGCGAGCUAUUGGUAAGAUUACCAAAAGUAGAAAAGGUAUUGGUGGUCGUGGGAAGAAGAAAGUGGUAAAUUCUAAUAAUGCAACAGAAAGUGCUGAAACUCCACAACCUAGGCCUAACUUGCCUGAAACUUGCAAGCCUUACAAGGUAUCAAGCUCUUCAAAGAAGAUUGACUUUUCUGAAUAUGAUAAGUAUGACAUUGACAAUAGUUAUAAGAAUGAACUAAUUGAUCUAAGUAUUUUGUCAGAUAUAUUACUGCAAAAUACUAUUUGUAAAAAUUGUAAACAAUACGGUUUACAAAUUCGUUCUGAAAACUGUGUUGGUUUGGCCUCUACAUUGAUUCUGCAUUGUUUACAUUGUGAUUUUGUUGUAAAAUUCAGUAACACUAAGGAAGUUAAAGUUCCUGAUGUAAAUAAAACAUACUGUGAUGUAAAUAUUAGGUUAGUGUAUGGCUUACGAUGCAUCGGAAAGGGAUUACUUGCUGGUCAAGCUUUGUGCGGAAUUCUCAACCUUCCUCAACCUCCAACAAAGUUUUCUCCAUACAUUACCAUACUACAUAACAAAUGUAAAAUAGCUGCAUUUGACUCUAUGAAAAACGCUGUAGAAGAGGCUGUGCAAGAAAAUGAAGUGAUGAUUGAAGAAGAGAAGCGUAAUGUACCUGAUGUUAUAUUGGAACCCCGAGACAUAUCAGCUGGUUUUGAUGGUACAUGGCAGCGUAGAGGCCACCAGUCUCUUAACGGAGUGGUAACAUGUACUAGCAUUGAUAGUGGUAAAGUUAUGGAUGUGGCAGUGGUGUCUAAAUACUGUAUUUGUGUGGACAAGCAAAAUCAUGAUGCCUACUGUUACGCAAACCAUAAAGGCUCGAGCGGCAGCAUGGAGGGUGCCGGUAUAAGACAAAUUUUUCUGAGGUCUGAAGAAAAGUAUAAAGUAAGAUAUGUUAGUUACCUAGGUGAUGGAGACAGUAGUAGCUUUGAAAGCAUUGUUGCAUUAAAACCCUAUGGAAAUACUGAAAUUAAAAAAUUAGAGUGUAUAAACCACGUUAGUAAGAGAAUGGGUGCUAGAUUGCGCAGACUGAAGCAGGAUUUGAAAAAACAGAAGCUCGACGAUGGAAAGUCUUUGGGAGGAAAGAAUCGCCUAACAGAUAAAAAAAUUGACCAGAUACAGUCAUACUACGGCAAAGCCAUAAGAGAGAAUAAAACUGUUCAAGAUAUGCGACAAGCCAUAUGGGCUAUUUAUUGCCACACAGGAUCUUCUGAUGAAAAACCCGAGCACCGAUUGUGCCCGCAAGGUGAGAAAUCUUGGUGUAAGUACAACAAGGCCAAGGCUGAGGGCAAAAUGUAUGAGCACAAGAACAAUUUACCAGAGCCUAUAAUGCAAGCAAUCAAGCCCAUAUUCAAAGCAUUGAUUGAUCCAAAUUUAUUAAAAAAAUGUACACAUGGCAAGACACAAAAUGUGAACGAGAGUGUCAACAGCGUUAUAUGGACCAGAAUUCCUAAGAACAAUUUUGUUACAUUACAAACUUUAGAAUUUGGUGUCUUUGAAGCUGUGGCCAGCUACAAUGAUGGUAACAUAACUAAGUGUCGAGUGUUAAAGUCAUUGGGACUUGAACCAAGUUAUAAUACUAUUCGUGCCAUGAAGUUUUUGGACAGCGAACGCAUCCGCAGAGCCGAUCAAGCUAUCUCAGGGUUUUUGAGACAGUCAAGAAGACUAGAAAAGUUAAGGAAGAGAAAACUUGAAGAAGAUGAAGAAGCAGCCACUUCAUAUGAUGCUGGAAUGUUUUAGGUAGUCAAAAUAACAAAUAUUUUCAUUUAAUUGCCGUUUUCCGCAAGUUUGUAUUUUUUUAGUUGUAAUGUUCCUUUUUUCAGGAACCACUAUAGAUACAGAGUUGAAAUUUUUACUCAAAAUAUAUAUUAUUGUUCUAUACAAGCUGAGUUUUUUUUAAGGUCUUAAGUUGAAUAACUUAUAAGAAAAAAAAUAAAACUGAUAAAAUAUAAAAAUAUUUUUUAUACAGGUAGAAAAAAAAUCAUAUCUAGGCUAAGACUUGAUUAAAGUACAUGAAAAUAACUCAGGUUAUGUAUGAAAACCAAAUAAAUAACUGGUAAAAAUUACAGAAUGAUAGGCCUAAUAGAUUUUGAGAAAAGGAACAUAAAGUUAGCAUUACGGAGAUAGGGAU